AUGGCCAUGAUCGUAGAUAUGGUGAAGAACAAGUGGGGCGCUCCACCCAAAGAGUCCACCGAAUCGUUCGCGGGACGCAACGUCCUGGUGACGGGCGCCACCUCUGGGCUGGGAUACGCGGCAGCGGCCAAGUUCGCGAAGUUAGGCGCUUCAAAAGUCAUCAUCACAGCAAGAGACGAGGCCAAGGGCGAGUCGACCAAGAGCAAACUCGAAGCAGACGUCGGCAAAGCAGGUCAAUUCGAAGUCUGGCAGCUCAACAUGGAUUCGUACGAUAGUAUCGUCAAGUUUUCGCAGCGGGCUAUCACCGAACUGGACCACCUGGACGUGGCCAUCUUGAACAUCGGCAUCUUCAAUACUUCUUACAAGCAGUCGGAGUAUGGCUGGGAGCAAGACCUUCAAGUCAACACGCUUUCGACCAUAUUGCUCGGUAUCCUUCUCUUGCCGAAGUUGAAAGAGUCGCAAAAGCAAUCAGGAAAGAUACCCGUACUGCAAUUCGUCAACUCAGGCAUGCACAAGGUCGUGGAGAUCUCUGCCGACGUUCGAAACAAGCCCGCUAUCCUCCCUGAGUUCAAUAAAGAAGACAAAUACCCCGGCGGCCAGAAGCAGUACGGUUAUUCGAAGCUCCUCCAGCGAUACGCCGCCGUUGAGCUCGCAAAGAAGAUCCCGUCCAGCGAAGUCAUCAUCACGGCAGUAUGUCCCGGUGCGGUCGUAACGAACAUCGAUCGCAAUGUCAAAUUUCCAGGUGUCAAGAUCGUGAGGGCGAUCGCGCAUGCUUUGGCGUUCAGGACGGCGGACUUAGGCGCCAACAUAUACAUUACUGGCGCCUCGCAGAACCAAGAGCAACAUGGAAGGUUCUAUGCGACCGAUAAGAUCGAACCCGAUGCGCCGAGUAUUGUCGGGGAAGAGAAUGAGAAGCUUGCGGUUAGGGUGUUGAAUGAGAUUGUAGAGGAGCUGGCAAAGCAUGUGCCUGAAGUAAAGGACCAUCUUCCAUGA